UACUACAAUAAGAAGGAGAACAAAUUGUCAAUAUAACUUAUCUAUACGGAUUACAGAUCACAUUUUUCGAUUAUUCUAAACGGUUUUUUUUGUUUGGUGACAACGAUGUUUGGUUAGUAAAAUAAUUUAUAGAAAAGGAAUAACAACCAUAGUGUUUUAUGGAAAGCCAAGAUUAUCAACCAGUAAGACUUACUCUCCGGGAGCGUCUGGCAUUAAAAGCAAAAACUGUAGAACUUGAAAUAAUAGAAACACAAAAAGAAAGAAAGAAAGCUUCAAACAAUAAUAAUGAUCUUGGUAAUUCUGUAAAAGAUUAUCAUAAUGAUAAGAGUGAUAAUGACAGAAAUUAUGACAACAAAACACAAAAUGAACAAAACCCAAAAAACAAUGAAAAUAUAGAAGGUAAAAGUUUAGAUUCAAAAGAGUCAGAACCUCAAAUUUUAAAAACCAAAUCAAAUAGAAACUCAAAAAACAUUAAUGAAACUCUUUUUAAAGAUAAACAAUUAGAAACUUCUUCUAAUAGUUUAAACAAUCAUGAAGAUAUUUUUUUAAAAACCAAACAAAAUAAUGAGCAAAUCAUAAAACUUAAUGAAAAUGAGAAAGGAAGGAAACCAAGACAAAAUGAAAAAGAAUUAAAUAUUAAAGAAAAAGAAAAUAAAGAGAAAAUAAGUGGAGAGAAAAAAGCGGAAUGUGAAAACAAGAAAGGAAUUACAAUAAAAGAUGAUUUAAUAAAAGGUGAUGUAAUUAACAGCAAUGAAGCAAAAAUUAGUAAAAAUGAGGAAGUAAAUAACAUAAUUAAAGAAGAGAAUUUUGUUGGUGAGUCUAUCGUAAAUGAAGAUUGCAAAGACUAUAAACAUUCAGGUAAAACAAAGGUAUCUGAAGAUGUUAAAGAAAUCUUAAAUAGUGAUUGUAAAGAAACAGUAGUUAGUGACCAUAAAGUAACAAUUGAGAAAAAGGUAAAUGAAACAUUGAAAAAUAAAAAUGUCUUUCAAACCAAAAAAGAAUCUGGUUUAGAAUCCUGGGUGCGACCAAAAAGUGAACUAAUAAAAAAUGAUUUUGGACGAGUAGAAUCAAAAAGACCUAUUUCUGUCGUGCAAAAUAACAUUGAACGUAAGCCACUUAGUGAUUCAAAAAAUAGAUGGUCAGCUGAUAUUAAAAAGUCACAACCUUUUGCUGAUGGAAAAUUAAAUCAAGUAGCAAAAUUUGAAAAUUCUCAACCUGGGAAGUUGUUCAACAAAGUUGAAAACAACAAGCUUGAUAACAGUACUAAACUUACAGUGCAAAAGUCACAAAGUUUAAAUAUUAAUAAAAUAUUGACAGUAGCAAAUAAAGCAAAUAGUACUGUUGAAGUCAUUAAACCCUGUGAAAUAUCAAAAUCACACGAAGUCACGAAAUCGCAUGAGAUCACAAAAUCUGUUGAGAUCACUAAUUCUCUUGAAGUCACUAAAUCUCUUGAAGUCACUAAAUCUCAAGAAGUCACUAAAACCAUAGAAGUUUCUAAUUCCACUGAUCUCUCAAAAUCUCUUGAAGUCACUGAGUCUUAUGAAGUCACUGAAUCUGUUGAAGUCACUAAAUCGCGUAACGCUGCUGGUCAAGAGGUUGAAAAUAUAACUAAGCAUAUUGAUUUUUCUGUUACUAAAACAAUUGAACCAAAUAUUGAUGCAAUAACUUCCAAUAACUUGGAUGAGCAAAGUUUAGAUGAACCAGAUAGUAACAAUAAUAUUAUUUUAUACAACAAUUCCAAUUUAAAUUCUAAAAAUAAUGGAAAAAGUGAAGAAUCAAAAUAUUUAAAAGAAAAAAAUGAAAAACUUAAAGACGAUAAGAAAAUACCUGGUGUAGUACUUAAAACAAUCUCGAAAGCAAACAUUUUUAAAAAGGGUGAAGAAACUGCUUCUAAAAAUAAAAUAGAGUUAGAGAAGAAAGAGACUAACAAAUUCGACUGUUUAAAGUCAAAAAUCUCACAUGAAAAAGAGAAGAUGGAAAGAAAAUUAACAGGUAAUAAAAUAGGGGAUCUUCAGCAAAAUAAAUUACAAAACAAUGCAAAUAACAAAACUUUUGGAGAUCUUACGAGGAAUUCAUCAAAUUUUAAUCAAGACAAAAAAAAUCCAUCUGAUGCUUUUCAAUCAAAGAGUACCAACAAUCAUAUAAACACUAAUAACAUGAACAAUCAAAGCAAAACCUCAGCUGAAAGUAAAAGUUCUUUUUCGCUUACAAAUGAUGUAAGCAUUUGUUUAAAAACGUCAACUGGUUCCACAAUUUCUCUGACAGCUAACAGCAAUGAUCAAGCAGCUGUUCUUGCACCCAAUGCAAUGAAAGACUUUCGCUCAAUGCUUCUUCAACAAAAACAGGGUGAUACUAAAAACAAUAACACAAAUACAAAGCACAGCAAGACUAACAUUUUUAAACUACAAGACAAUGUGAAAAAACCAGAAGGAAAUAAAGCAUUGAACAGAGCAAGUAGUAAUAUUGAUAAACUCUUACAAUGGAUAACUAGAAGAGUCAACCAAUAUCCGGCAGUGAAUGUGACCAACUAUACCACAAGUUGGGAAGAUGGAAUAGCUUUAUGUGCACUUAUGAAUUAUUUACUUGGUGAUGAAGCUGUUAAUCCACUUGAUGUCAGCCCCACUGACCGCAGACAUAAUUUUGACAUGGCAAUAAAAGCAGCAAAGAAUGCAGGUGUACCCGCACUUAUCGAUGCUGAUGAUAUGUCAAAAGGUAACAUUGACAAACUUUCAAUGAUCACAUAUCUGCACACAGUCUAUAAAGUUCUUCAUCACGACAAGCAACCAGUUCAAAGCGGUGUAUAAUAGAAAAGUUCGAUACAAUAUCAUUGGCUCAAAACAAAUAUUAAUAAAAAGUUAUGAGGGGUUUGAAGCAUAAGUUAAAAUAAUUGUUUGCUUUUAUUUACUGUAUCGGCUUUGAGUCCGUAUAUGCGCAAAGAUUUUCAUUUUUGCUUCCGUUUUUCUUUUUUACGUUUAUCGUAUUUUCAACUAUUAAUCCAUUGUCAAAAUUUAUUGUAAAUUUUUAAAAAUGCAAAUUUAAAUAUGUUUGCACUUGUAGUAAAUAUUACAAAUGUUUUUAUAAAUAUAGCUCUCUGAGUUUUUAA